AAUCUGGUCACAUUGCUACUGACCAAAAGGAACUGCAAAACAGGAAAACAGAGCAAACGAAAUCGAAUUUGAAACGAAAAUAAAAGCCCCAAUAAGUUCUCAUUUCGCGCAGUGCAGUGCCGUGUGAAAAAUACGUCAAAACUGUUUUGUUUUUUAAAUAUUUCAACAGGUUUACGAAGCUGGACAAAAUUUAUGUUUUCGGCAAAACUGAUAUUUUUGCUACCAACUAAAGAAGCGACGUGCAACGCACACAACUACAGCUAAAUCGGCAACAACAUUAGCAAAGUCAAAGGCAACAGCAAAAAAGCCCCAGCACCAGCAACAGCAACAAAAUAUAAGAAAUUAAACGGCAGCAAAGGCAAAAGCAACAACAGCAACAGUACACACACACACACACACACGGCGAAAAUACAAAAAAAAAAAAAACACCACACGCCGCUAGCGCACCUCUACAGAUGCAAUCGAGUACGCCAUAAAUUGAAGUGUAGGUUGAAAAUAUUGCAAAGAAAAAUAUCACAAAAAACUUGCAAAUAAAAAAAGCUAAGAACGUCAAAAAAAAGAAGAAGAAACACGCACACAAACACACACACACACACUGAGAGAGUAAGUAAGACGUACGCGAGAGCCGAAAAAGAAUAUUUUUUUUGCAAAAACAACGGCAUAUUGUUAGCGAAUAAUCGGAAGUAGCGGUAGCGGCAAGCAAGCAGCAAGCGAUAUUUAUUUAUAUUUUUGACAGGACUGACAAGCGCCGCCCAGCCGACGCCGAUAACCGAUAACCGUGAUCCGUGAUCGCACCCCCCCACCCCCCACCCAAACUGUAUACCCCAAACGAGGCGGCAGGACGACGAAGGACGCAGGACGAAGGCGACGGUGAAGACGGAGGCGGAGAAGGAGUCGAAGGCGAGUCAGUUUAGACACCAUUCAAGUGCCGUGUAAAAUGGAAAUAGAAACAGACCAGUCGAUCGAAGCAAUGGAUACCCAGGACACUCAAGAGGUCGAGAUUAUCACCAGUGACCUCCAACAGCAACAACAACAACAGCAGCAACAACAACAACAGCAGCAGCAACAACAACAACAACAACAACAAAAUUCACCACCACAACUGCCGAAAUUCAAGAAUCUAAUACAACCACCACUACACGCCGUUGGAGCCGCCACCCAACUGCCCAGCGAGAACGGCAACGUGCCGCCCCAACAGCUCCUGGCCGACAGUAGCUCCGCCUCGUUCGGCAAUAACGAUUCGGAGGCCAUGCCAAUGGAUGAUGAAACCAAGGAGGACCAAUUCCGGUCCGAGACCACGUUCUCCUUCACCGUCGAGAAUGUCGGGCAGCUGAAGUCGCAGCGUCUAUCGCCGCCCGUCUAUGUCCGGAUGCUGCCGUGGAAGAUCAUGGUCAUACCGAACGAUCGGGCAUUGGGCUUCUUUCUGCAGUGCAACGGAGAGAACGAUUCGCCCACCUGGUCGUGCAACGCCAUUGCCGAGCUCCGGUUGAAGUGCCACAAGCCGGACGCCCAGCCAUUUACGCGGGCCAAGAUCAAGCAUCUGUUCUACUCGAAGGAGAACGACUACGGCUACUCGAACUUUAUCACCUGGCAGGAGCUGCAGGAUCCGGAGAAGACCUAUAUCCACAACAAUAGUAUUACCCUGGAGGUGCACGUGAUUGCCGAUGCACCGCACGGCGUGCUGUGGGACUCGAAGAAGCACACCGGCUAUGUGGGCCUCAAGAAUCAGGGGGCCACCUGCUACAUGAACUCCCUGCUCCAGACGCUCUACUUUACCAACUCCCUGAGAUUGGCCGUCUAUCGCAUACCCACGGAGGCCGAUGACAGCACCAAGUCGGUGGGUCUCUCCCUCCAGCGCGUAUUCCACGAACUGCAAUUCGGUGACCGACCGGUGGGCACCAAGAAGCUAACCAAGUCCUUUGGCUGGGAGACUCUCGAUUCGUUUAUGCAACACGACGUCCAGGAGUUCCUGCGCGUCCUCCUCGACAAGCUGGAGUCGAAGAUGAAGGGCACCUGCCUGGAGGGCACCAUUCCGGGCCUGUUCGAGGGCAAGAUGUCAUCGUACAUCAAGUGCAAGAACGUGGACUACAACAGCACCCGGUACGAGACCUUCUACGACAUCCAGCUGAACAUCAAGGACAAGAAGAACAUCUAUGAUUCCUUCCAGGACUAUGUGGCCUCCGAGACGCUCGAGGGCGACAACAAGUACGAUGCGGGAGUGCACGGUCUCCAGGAGGCCAGCAAGGGCGUCAUCUUCACGUCAUUCCCGCCGGUGCUGCACCUGCAUCUGAUGCGAUUCCAGUACGAUCCGAUCACCGACAGCUCCAUCAAGUACAACGAUCGCUUCGAGUUCUACGAGCAGAUCAACCUGGACCGCUACUUGGCCGAGGGCGAGAAGACCUCGGCGGACUAUGUGCUGCACGCUGUGCUGGUGCACUCGGGCGACAACCACGGUGGGCACUACGUCGUCUUCAUCAAUCCGAAGGCGGAUGGACGAUGGUUCAAGUUCGAUGACGAUGUGGUGUCCAGCUGCCGGAAGCAGGAGGCCAUUGAACAGAACUACGGCGGCAUGGAUGACGAGAUCUCGUUCCACGCCAAGUGCAGCAACGCCUACAUGCUGGUCUACAUCCGGCAGUCGGAGCUGGACCGGGUGCUAAGGGAGAUCCAGGAGAGCGAGAUAUCCAGUGAUCUGGUGGAGCGGCUGGAUCUCGAGAAGCGCAUCGAGAUGGCGCGCCGGAAGGAGCGCAGCGAGGCCAACCUGUAUGUGUCGGUGCACGUCAUCCUCGAGGAGUACUUUGAGGCGCAGCAGAAGCGACGCCUGUUCGAUCUGGAGAAGACCCACCAGCGGCCGUUCAAGCUCAAGCAGAACCAGACGGUGGACGAGCUGGUGGACAUGUUUGUGAAGGGAUUCGGGGUGCCGCGCGAUCGGAUGCGCAUCUGGAACAUGUGCACCGCCCAGACCCAAAAGUUCCUGCACUUUGACUUCGAGGCGGAGGCCACCCGCACCAUCGAACAGAUACCGACCUCCCAGAAGCCGUGGGUCAUCUUCCUGGAGCUGGCCUCGCCCGAGAAUCCCGCCCCCCUGCCGCCCUUCAAUCCCAAAACGGACGUCCUGCUCUUCCUCAAGUACUACGAUGCGCGGAACAAGCGUCUCAACUACAUCGGCUGCACCCAGCAGCCCCAGAGCCGCCGGCUCAUCGAUCUCGUGCCGGACGUGAAUCGCAAGCUGGGCUUCGACCCGGACACCGAGCUAACCGUCUUUGAUGAGUAUGCCGACAAGAAGAUCCCCAAUCUCUGCGAGCCGAUCGAGAGCGUACUGUACAUACCGCAGGAUCAACUGCAGGGCCACAUCCUCAUCUUUGAGCGGGAGAGCGUGGACGACAAGCUGGACCUGGCCACCGUGGAGGACUACUUCAUGGACCUGGUCUACCGCAUCGAGAUCAUAUUCAGCGACAAGUGCAACCCCAACGAGCCGGACUUUACGCUGGAGCUAUCCAAUCGCUACAACUACGAGCAGCUCACGAACGCCGUCGCCGAGCGGCUGAACACCGAUCCCCAGAAGCUGCAGUUCUUCAUGUGCAUCAACAACUACAAGGAGACGGCGGGCAAUGCGGUUCCCUACACAUUUAAGGGCACCGUCAAGGAUCUGGUUUCGUACACCAAACAGAGCACACCCAAGCGCAUCUUCUACCAGCGGCUCUCGCUGAGCAUCCACGAGCUGGACAACAAGAAGCAGUUCAAGUGCGUCUGGGUCAGUGCCGAUCUGAAGGAGGAGAAGGAACUGGUCCUCUAUCCGAACAAGAACGACACCGUCAAGGGCCUGCUGGAGGAGGCGGCCAAGAAGAUCACGUUCGCGGAGAACAGCCGACGCAAGUUGCGCCUCAUGAAGGUGAGCAACCACAAGAUCGUAACGGUGUGCAAGGACGAUGUACCGCUGGACGCGCUACUGAAGACCAGUGAGUCGAUAACGACGACGCAGGGCGCCCAGAAGACGUAUCGCAUCGAGGAGGUGCCGGCGGACGAGAUGCAGCUGGCGGAGAAUGAGCAUUUGGUGCCGGUGGCCCAUUUUAGCAAGGAGCUCUACAAUUCGUUCGGUGUUCCAUUCCUGGCCAAGGCUCGACACAACGAGCCGUACGGUGCCCUGAAGCAGCGCAUCCAGAAGCGACUGAACGUCCCGGACAAGGAAUGGGAGAACUACAAGUUCUCCGUCAUCACCAUGGGCCAAAACACGGAUGUGAAUGAUAAUACGCCGGUGGAUCUGGAGGUGUAUCGCACCUGGACCACCGGCCAGUUGCCGUUCUUUGGGCUGGACCACAUCAACAAGUCGCGCAAGCGCAGCUCCCUAAACUUUUCCGAAAAGGCCAUCAAGAUUUACAACUAAAGAGGAACAGGAGGAGGAGGAGGAGGACUCUGGAAGCCCCUAAAAAAAAAAGUUCGAUGGAGAAACACUGGCAUUUGGCAAGCGGGUGGUAGAUGGUUGGGAUGGGCGGUGGCGGGUGGAGGGUUAACCGAUGAUGGUGGAAGGAGGCAACAACCAAGUGAGCUGAAGAGCAUGGUACCAUGUUCUCCCCAAUACACACACACACACAACAAGCAGCAGCAGUGGCAACAGCAGCGAUGAUGGUCCUCCGCCUCCACACACUAUUUAAUUAUUAAAAAGUUUGCUUAAUUAUUAUUUUAAA